AUGUCUUCCCGGUCGGAGGAGGAUCUCUCCUGUUCUGUCUGCCAUGACAUCUUUAAAGAUCCUGUGGUCCUGUCAUGUAGCCACAGCUUCUGUAAAGACUGUCUGAAGACCUGGUGGAAGGAUAAACAAACACAGGAGUGUCCACUUUGUAAGAGAAGAUCAUCAAGGAGUGAUCCACCUCGUAUCUUGGCAUUAAAGAACCUGUGUGAGGCCUUUUUACUGGAGAGAGAUCAGAGAGCUUCAGCAAUGUCUGAGGCUCUCUGCAGUCUGCACUCUGAGAAACUCAAACUCUUCUGUCUGGACCAUCAGCAGCCAGUGUGUGUUGUCUGCAGAGAUUCAAAAAUACACAACAACCACAGAUUCAGACCCAUCGAUGAAGCUGCACAGGAUCACAAAGAGGAGCUCCAGAAAUCCCUGAAGAUCUUACAGGACAAACUGAAGCUCUUUAAAGAAGUUAAAGGAAACUGUGAUCAAACAGCAGAACACAUUAAGAUCCAGGUAGGAGACACAGAGAGGCAGAUUAAGGAGCAGUUUAAGAAGCUUCACCAGUUUCUACAAGAGGAAGAGGAGGCCAGGAUCACUGUUCUGAGGGAGGGAGAGGAGCAGAAGAGUCAAAUGAUGAAGGAGAAGAUUGAGACUCUGAGCAGAGAGAUAGCAGCUCUUUCAGACACAAUCAGAACCACAGAGGAGGAGCUGAGAGCUGAAGACAUCUCAUUCCUGCAGAACUACAAGGCUGCAGUGGAAAGAGUCCAGCAGCGCCCCCUGCUGGAUGAUCCAGAGCUGGUCUCAGGAGCUCUGAUAGAUGUGGCCAAACACCUGGGCAACUUGACCUUCAACAUCUGGAACAAGAUCAAGGAGAUGGUCUCCUACACUCCUGUGAUUCUGGAUCCAAACACUGCUCAUCCAGAACUCAUCCUGUCUGAAGAUCUGACCACUGUGAGAUGUGGAGAGAGACAGAAGCUUCCUGAAAAUCCAGAGAGAAUUGAGAACUUUGCCAUCGUCCUGGGCUCUGAGGGCUUUAACUCAGGGACUCACCGCUGGGAUGUUGAGGUUGGAGACAGUACAGACUGGUUCAUGGGUGUGACAACUAAAGAAGAGUGUGGACUUUUGUUGAUUGCUUUUUGUGAUGGUAAAUACAAAGCACUGUCUGGAUCGGAUGAAGAAGCUGUUCUUCAAGUGGAGAAGAAGCUGCAGAGGAUCAGAGUUCAUCUGGACUACAAUAGAGGAAAACUGUCAUUCUCUGAUCUUGAUGCUAAAGCACGCAUACACAUCAUCACAAAGACUUUUAUUGAGAAGUUGUUUCCAUUCAUUGGUAGUAAGGACGAACUGCCAAUUAAGAUUUUACCAGAGGUGCCUCUUCAUGUAUGGCAUGACAAGCUCUUUGGCCAGCUCCUAGAUGAACAGCCGCUGGGCAUGUGUUACACCCUCCAAUGUAGUGCGGUGAAGGUGGUGUAA